UGCUCCUGAAGUUGGGGCGAAGGGCAGAGCCGAGGGGAUGGCGGGGGAACGAAGCCCGGCCCGGGAGUGAGGGUGGAGACAUCUACUGCCCCGGGCUCCUCUCCAAGUGAUGGGCUCCAGUGAGCAGCGUGGCGGCCGGCGGGUUUUCACCUGGGACGAGGUGCAGAGACACUGCGGCCGCACCGACCGCUGGCUCGUCAUCCGCAGGAAGGUCUAUGAUAUCAGCGAGUUCAGCAAGAGGCAUCCGGGAGGCGCCCGGCUGAUCGGGCACUACGCAGGGCAGGACGCCACGGACCCAUUUACAGCCUUCCAUGUUGAUAAGACACUGGUGAACAAAUACCUCAACUCCCUGCUGAUUGGAGAACUUGCACCUGACCAGCCCAGUUCAGAAUCAUGGAAAAACGUACAGGUGACAGAGGAUUUCAGAGACCUGCGUGCUGCUGUGGAAAAGACAGACCUCCUUCAGCCGAAUAAGCUGUUCUUUGCAGGACACCUGGCUCACAUCCUGCUCCUUGAACUGGCAGCCUGGCUCUCCCUUUGGUACUUUGGUGCCUCUCUCUUCCCCUUUCUGCUCAGCUUAGUUCUGCUGAGCACUGUGCAGGCACAGGGUGGAUGGUUACAGCAUGACUUUGGACAUCUCUCCGUGUUCAGCAAAUCGAAGUGGAACCACCUGGUGCACAAAUUUAUUAUUGGUCACCUGAAGGGUGCUCCAGCAAGCUGGUGGAACCACCUCCACUUCCAGCAUCAUGCCAAACCCAACUGCUUCCGCAAGGACCCCGACAUUAAUAUGCACCCCAUGUUCUUUGUUUUGGGGAAGAAACUUUCAGUUGAGGUGGGAAAGCAGAAGAUGAAGUAUAUGCCAUAUCAAUACCAACACAAGUAUUUCUUCCUGAUUGGCCCUCCAGCAUUGCUCCCCCUCUACUUCCAGUGGUACAUCUUCUACUUUGCGGUGUCCCGGAUGCAGUGGAUGGACUUGGCUUGGAUGGUGUCUUUUUACAUCCGUAUCAGCCUGACGUACAUCCCUCUGCUCGGAGUGCGAGGAUUCCUUACCAUGUUCUUCCUGGUGAGGUUUGUGGAAAGUAAUUGGUUUGUGUGGGUAACCCAGAUGAACCACAUUCCCAUGGCCAUUGAUCACGAUCAGAACGAGGAAUGGCUGACCAUGCAGUUGCACGCCACUUGUAAUGUCCAUCAGUCUUUCUUCAAUGACUGGUUCACGGGUCACCUCAACUUCCAGAUUGAGCAUCAUCUGUUUCCCACAAUGCCAAGGCACAACUACCACAAGGUGGCACCACUGGUGAGGUCGCUGUGUGCCAAGCAUGGCCUGGAUUACCAGUCCAAGACUCUGUUCACCGCCUUUGCAGACAUUGUUCACUCCUUGAAGGAGUCUGGUGAGCUUUGGCUGGAUGCAUACCUGCACAAGUGAUCGAUCACCGGGAGCCCCUGAAAACACUCGCCGAUCCGCUGCCUCCUUGAAAAUAGGAGGGAAGGAAAGUUCUGGAAGCCUAUGUCAACCUUUGUAAACACCAAGUGCCACAGAAGAAAUGUUUGUUUGUUACUUCAUCAAAUUGUUAAGUCAAGGGAUUUAAUUUGUGUUGAAGAAAUGAAAUGAAUGCCAUUAAGAAGCCAACAGCGAUUCUUUCUAAACAUGUUUGGGAACCCGAUCUCCACCAUCGGAUGGUGCCUUCUCUAUUCAAGUCAGUCCCAUUGUCACUGCCAGGUACAACAUUGCUAGAGAGGCAGUACAUGGAGUCAUAGAAUCAUACAACGUGGAAACAGGCCAUCGACCCAACUUGCCCAUGCUGACCAACAUGUCCCAUCUAUGCUAGUCCCACCUACACUAGUCCCACCUGCCUGCAUUUGGCCCAUUUCCCUCUAAACCUAUCCUAUCCAUAUACCACACACCCACCACCCUUUGUGUGAAAAGGUUACCCCUCAUGUUCCUAUUAAAUCUUUCCCACCUCACCUUAAACCUAUGUCGAUUCCUCUACUCUAGGCAAGAGAUGUUGUGCGUUACCCGAUCAAUUCCUCUCAUGAUUUUGUACACCUCUGUCAGACCAUUCCUCAUCAUCCUGUGCUCCAAGGAAUAGAAUCCCAGCCUGCUCAACCUCUCCCUAUAGCUCAUACCCUCAACUUCUGGUAACAUCCUCAUAAAUCUUCUCUGCACCUUUUCCAGCUUGACAACAUUAUCUCCCUUCAUUCUACUUAAACAAUGUCUCUCGGCUCCGAUCUCAUGAGAGCAGUCCUCCUGCAUCUGUUUUCAUUUGUUGAUGCCCCAAAUCCCAAUUAGCAACCCACUAUUGCAGAUCCUUGCCCUUCAAGUGCUGGAUUUGAGCUAACAUUUGAUGUGAGACAGUGAGAGAUCUUUCCUCCCACUCUUUCUGAACUUGAAGCUAAAUGGUAGAGGCUUGACAAAAGUAUUUUUAAACAUUACUGCAUUAUAUCAAUGACCCCUAAUAUUGCUGCCAGAUAGACACAUUGCCUCUCUUUUAUUGGUGUUGGUGUUGGUGUUGCUAUUUUAAAUUGGUUAUUGUUGCACCAGCUGCAGAGAGCAAUUCAAAUGGCAAUUUGAUUUUUGGCUUGAGGGUAUUCAUUUUGCUCUGUGUCCAAUGAUUGGUCAUAACAGACUUCUGUCUCUUAAGUGGAAUUAGAAUAUUCAAAGUUUGUUCAUACCAAUUAUCACCAGGACAAAAAAUGGUCGACAUCUGAAAUAAAACAGAAAAUGUGAUAAAUACUCACUAGGUAAGGCAGCAUCUAUAGGGAGAGAAAAGGUUAACAUUUCAGAAUGAUGAUCUUUUCCCUGUUGUUUUGGAAAAUCAUCUUCUUGGAACAUUAAUUCUGUUUCUCUGCCUACAAAUGCUGAUCUAUGCGUUGAGUAGUCAUGGAGCUGUUCAGCACCGAAAUAGGUCCUUUGGCCCAUCCCAUUCAUGCUAGCAUUUUUGCCCAUGUGCGGCGGGGAGGAGGUGGGGGUGGCAUUUCUCCCAAGGAAACCAAUGCAAACAAACAUCAGCGAUAAAUACAAAAAACAAUAAUGGUGCUCAACUCUGGUCAAAUGAUGGUUCUUUGGUAUAUUUAGCAAUCGCCGUGACAUCUGAUGAAUAACUAACCCAUUCAAAGCCAAUGUUUUCAACAACUGAACUCCAUGGAUGCCAACUAACUUGAUCAACUUUGUUGUAAACUUUUGCAUUAGUGUGUUACAAUGGGAUAUGAUUUUUUGUACUUUAUUGGGGGGUGGGUAGGGUGAAGUUGGGGUGGUUGUUAAAAUGGUGAUGUAUCAUUUGGCUCUAGUUGUGUGUAGUCUGCAUCAGAUGAUGCCACAAGUCUGACAUAAGCUUUGAUAAUAAAAGUGGCUGGUUAUGGAUGAAUUGUGAAGGGCAAUAUAAACAGCACAGACCCAUCUGCCUCUUAUUAUUUGGGAGGUGAUGUCCACAACCCAUCUGUCCUCUCAGCUAUUAGGAAUCGAAGCUGGGACAUUCUGGACCGUGCUGCUCAGUAAAACGAUGGAUGUUGCAUUUAAUCACGGAACCAUCUGUUAAUUGAAUGUGCUAACAUUAUUGAUGCUAUGAUCCUGGUUUUCUAGUUGUAUUUCUGAAAUGCCUUUAGAUGAUUUACCAACAACAUUGCAUUCACAGUGCCCAUGUUUCCAUGGACUCAGUUAAUGGAGCUUUGUGAUUAGAAGCCAUUUGUUUGGUGUGCUCUACUGCUCUUCAUUGAAUGCCAUCGUUUUUUAAGCUAAAUAAAGCGAUUGCACAUCAUUAA